ACUGGUCCGAAAGUAGUCUUCUUCUUUCACUACGUAGAUUUGUAUACAGUAGGGAUGUGAUUGAGUUUUAUGAUAUUGUGGACUAAUUUUUUCGGCAAUAUUUUGUGCAAUAUACGGAUAGGACGACAGUGCAACACAGUGGAGGGCCAAUCUUUCAAUAUUAAACAAGAAAUGAAGACUGAGUAUCGAAUAUGUUCAGCAUGCGGAGAACCAAUCAGCGACAAGUUCCUCUUAGAAGUUUCCGGAAGGAGUUGGCACGCCAGAUGCCUAAGGUGUUCGAUAUGUCAGCUGCAACUGGAUAGGCAACCGUCAUGUUUUAUCAGGGAUAGGGCAGUGUACUGCAAAACAGAUUAUGCAAAAAGCUUUGGGGCCAAAUGCUCAAUAUGUACCAGAGGCAUAUCGUCCAGUGACUGGGUGCGAAAAGCCAGAGACCAUGUAUACCACUUAGCAUGCUUCGCUUGCGCCGCAUGCCACCGGCAGUUAUCCACGGGAGAAGAAUUCGCUCUUCACGAAGAAAGAGUUCUCUGUAAAGCACAUUACCUCGAAAUUCUAGACGGAGGGACUACGUCGUCGGACGAUGGUUGUGACGCCGAGGGAUACCACAAGAACAAGGCGAAACGAGUCCGAACCACGUUCACGGAAGAACAGCUGCAAGUGCUGCAAGCAAAUUUUCAGCUGGACUCCAACCCCGAUGGCCAGGACCUGGAGAGGAUCGCCCAAAUUACGGGACUUAGCAAACGAGUCACGCAAGUUUGGUUUCAAAACUCUCGGGCUCGGCAAAAGAAACACAUGCAUACCGGGAAGGUUAAAAAUCAAUUGCACAGUAGGGAAGAUAACAACUUUAAUAGGCAUAUAAAUCUACAUUUGACGUAUUCCUUACAAAAUAGCGGACACAAUCACAAACCUUCUUCAAUAUAUUCACAAACCGGAAACGAAUUAGAUUCCUCCUUAGACGAAUUAUCACAAGAAUCGACGAUGCACUGCAUGCAAAACGAAGUAUAGAUAUAAUUUUUAAGUCAUAAAUAGAUGUUUAAUAUGUUACUCGAAUUAUAGUAAAAAAUUGUAACUAGUUAUCGAUAAAUUUGCAACAUUGAAUGUUAUUAUAUUAUACACACAUAUUUAUUUUUUGCUUUAAAUUUUCUUGAGUUGUGAGUUUAUGUAAUGAACAAGCAAUUUAAACUGAUGGUUGAAUCAAUAAAUGCUUACUGUUGCCUGUA